UGGCUCAUUAGUGUCGGGACCCAGGGAGGAGGGACAUGUAAAGACAGUCACAAUUCCAAAGUGGUCAGAGCAAGACCUCUCAAUUCGAACUCAGUACAUAGAACUAUAUCCGAGUAAAGAGUGAUUUUAUUUUUCCGAAAGUUACUUGAGUGGAUAAGAAGUGAAGCCCAGCUCUGCUCUCGAAGUGCUGAUGCCGUCUCUUUGACGGAUAUUAUCACGGUGCAGUGUGGGAACAGAGCAUCAGGAGUAGCAGUGCACUCAUUUCCUCCCUCGGUCUGUUGGAGACGUCUGAGAACCAUUCGCUCUUGUUUACGCACGCGAAACUACUUUUAUAUUUCUGCUCAAAUACGACAUCUGUCUUUUGGAUACACACACCAAUACUUCUACUGAGAGUGGACAUAAUAUCAUAUAAUCAUUUUACAUCGAUUUUUUGGAUGCACCGAUGAGAGAUCCAGUUUACACAGGGACUGCCAUGGCUUAUCACCCUUUCCACGCUCACCGGCCGGCCGACUUUCCAAUGUCAGCCUUCCUUGCAGCUGCACAGCCUUCCUUCUUUCAUGGACUUACGCUGUCUCACGGCGCUCUUUCCAAACCCCUAACCGACCAUGCUCUCUCUGGAGCCGCGGAAGCGGGACUCCACGCGGCGUUGGGUCAUCACCACCAAGCAGCUCAUCUCCGCUCCCUCAAGAGCUUGGAGCCGGAGGAAGAGGUGGAGGACGACCCAAAAGUCACUCUGGAGGCCAAAGAUUUAUGGGACCAAUUUCACAAAAUAGGAACCGAGAUGGUUAUUACGAAAUCAGGAAGGAGGAUGUUUCCCCCAUUCAAAGUCCGCGUCAAUGGCGUUGAUAAGAAAGCCAAGUAUAUCCUCCUUAUGGAUAUAGUCUCUGCUGACGACUGCCGCUACAAGUUCCACAACUCGCGUUGGAUGGUAGCUGGGAAAGCCGACCCGGAGAUGCCCAAACGAAUGUAUAUCCAUCCGGACAGCCCUGCCACAGGAGAGCAGUGGAUGGCGAAGCCUGUUGCUUUUAAUAAACUGAAGUUGACGAAUAAUAUAUCGGAUAAGCAUGGAUUUACUAUCCUGAAUUCGAUGCAUAAAUACCAACCCAGGUUUCAUAUCGUGAGGGCCAACGACAUUCUGAAGCUCCCUUACAGCACCUUCCGCACAUAUGUUUUUCCAGAGACAGAUUUUAUCGGUGUCACUGCAUAUCAGAAUGACAAGAUCACACAGCUCAAAAUUGAUCACAACCCCUUUGCCAAAGGGUUCAGAGACACGGGAAAUGGACGACGAGAAAAGAGUUCGGUCUGCAGGAAGCAGUUAACCCUUCCAUCGAUGCGCAUGUAUGAAAACCGGGAACUCAAAGGGGACCGGGACUGUGCCGACUCCGAUGACUCCUCCUGUGAACAAACCACUGGAAGGGAUUCGGUUCAUUCUACGCUGGGACCUGUUACCAGUCCACUGAGGUUCAACCGAACCAGUCGAGACGACAAGAACUGCACUGAUAGCGAUCAGGAGCUUGACCCACAAGAGGAGCGCUCCAUCGCAGCCAGCAGCCCCCGGCCUGAACCAACCUCUCCUUUCAGUCCUAAAGGCGAUGACAGCGUGAGAGAUAGGCCGCUGCUGGAAAAGAAGAGCGACUUCCUGGAUUCAAGGAAAGAGAGCGAUUCUGUAUUCAGUAUUCGAAAUCUUGAAAAGGACAAGUUAGAUCAUAAGCACCGCCAAGAGACGGAACCUACAAAGAAUGACACGGAAAGUGGGGGCAUCAGUGGGGUGAACAAUGGGUUUUCUCCCCUGAUGGUACAGACGGAGAGCCCAUCACACUUCAGCGCGAGUCACCUGCAGAGUCUGGCCCUUUCCGGUUUGCACAGUCAACAGUUCUUUAACCCUUUGAAUAUGGGACAAAUGUUGUUCCACCCCGGACAGUUUUCGAUGGCACCAGGGGCAUUCUCCACCAUGGGGAUGGGGCAUCUGUUGGCCUCUAUGUCCGGAGCUAAUGGCCUGGAAAACGGAGGUCUCUCCUCUCAAAGUGCGGGCCCUAGUCCCUUCCCGUUCCACCUGUCACAGCACAUGCUAGCGUCUCAGGGAAUUUCGAUUCCACCUUUUGGAGGACUGUUCCCGUAUCCAUACAACUACAUGGCAGCUGCUGCUGCGGCCUCGGCCCUCCCCAACUGCACCGCAGCCUCCACAUUGGGCAGAAACCAUUUCCUUACCACCUCCCGACAACGGCUGCGAUUCAACCCAUAUCAGAUGCCCACGUCUGUUCCUCCAAGCACCGACCUGCUCACCACAGGGCUGCCGGGCAGUUUAAACGCAGCAUCCGACCUGUCCAAAUCAGGCAGCAGAGAAACAAGUCCUGUAUCCGAGCACCACAGCCAGAAAGCGUCCAGCCAGAGCACGGCAUCCCCCAAGACAUCUGUGAAGGAUUCUACUAACGAACUGAUAAAUAUACAGAGGCUGGUCAGAGGACUGGAAAAACACAGAGAAAUGUCUCCUGCCAUUGACUCUCAAAAGUGACCAAAACCACCUGUUUAAUCAAGGUGUCUUUAACGUCAUUACAUUAUGUCGGAUUAUGUACACAGUUGUGCUGAGAGUUAGAUGGGCGGGUGAUGUGGGCUGAAGAAAUGACCAACAAGGGAGUUCAUCAAAUGAGAUACAAUAUUGGUGAUAUAGAUCCCUUGUUUUAACGUCAAUGUAUAACUGUGUAUGGAGAAAAUCUAGGCCCCUAAAGGAAACAUAUGAUGUUGGGGCGGUUCGGUAGACUAUUGAUAAGGAAAAAGCUACAUCCCAAAAAUGCAUUACAAUAUAUGUCAAACAGGACGGAAAGUGAGACACCCGGUUAAACUGAUUUCUGAAGCUGUUUUGGAAAAACGUUCGUAACUCAUAUAUGAACGAUUGAUCUGAUUGAAUUAUUUAUGUUUCCAAGAUCCUGUAAGUAUCUAAUAAUACGCAACUUGUUAUUAAUUUAUUCAAAUCUGUACAUUGGCGUGUAUAUACUACUUAGAUUUCAACUUGUUGCAUUUAUAAUUUCCCUUUUUACAUGGAAAUAUAGGCUAUUGUACAUUAACACUAUUUAGCGCUUGUUGUUACGAAACCGAAUGAGUUUCAAAUGUUUGUGAUGCAUUGCUGUUUAUCCUGCCAGUGAGAUGAUAUAUGAAGGAAAUGCCUGCCACCUGCAUACCUUUUUCAUAUGCUGUUGAUGAAACAUUGUUAUGCGAUAUAACGCACAGCACUGUGCAAUUGGCAGGGAAAACUCAGGUUUCUUUUUCACCAGCACUGAAGACUAUCAGAGGUAGCUGAAUUGGCAUCUUUUGUGCUGGUUUAUUCGGGUAAAUUAAUAUGCUUUUGUGGAGUUCCUCACACUUUAAAUAAACAUGUGUCCUUCAGA